AUGGACCACAAAAGACCGGUCCUAGGUGGUUCGGUUCGGUUCCCUCACUAUCUGGUUUGGCCCAACCACCACUUCCAGCCAGUGACCAACCUGAAGAAGUUGGGCACCUCACAAUGGGCAGUGCUCACCCCUGUCAUGAAGGGUUCGCUCCAUGUUGUUCGUGUUACACCAGGGUUGAAUGGAAAGGUUGGGGAUGGUGUUGGAUUUCCUGCUGUUGUUCCUUGGUCUGUUGGAACUGCCUGGGAGAAUGUUGAACUUGAUUUUGGUGUUCCAACUUUGUUGGAAUUUCGGGAGCUUUACAAGCAUGUGCAAUGCGCCCCAUCUUCGGAUUUCACUUGA